UACAAAAACCUCGGCAGCUUUGGGUAUGGAGAUCGAAAGAAGUAGGUUGCAAUCUCUCCCUCUUCCAGAUGAAAUCAUCGAUGACAUAUUGUCGAGACUGUUUAUAUUGCCGGUGAAAUCACUGUUAAGAUUCAGGUGCAUUUCGAAAUCAUGGCGGUCUUUAAUUGGCAGCAAAAGCUUCAUCAAAACCCAGCAUCAAAAUUCAAUGAAAAACCCAUGUUUUCCCCAUCAAAGGCUCAUUAUACAGAAGAAUUGUUCUGGUGUGCCUUAUAGUAUGGAUUGGCCUGAGCAAUGUUCUCUGCAGUCGGUUUUGAGCGGACCAAUAAAUACUAUCCCUUUAUCUCUUGUAGCUUAUCCAACGAAUACUACAGCGAUGGGAUAUGAAAUUGUGGGGAGCUGUAAUGGGCUUGUCUGCCUUCUUGAGAUGAUCAAACCAAAUAGAAUUCAGUUGUGGAACCCAUCCACUAGAAUCUCCAAGAUACUUCCAGAAAUUUCUAGUCCCGGCAAGGUAAGCAAUAUUGGGUUUGGUUGGGUUGAAUCGAGUGAUGAGUAUAAGGUGUUUGUGCAUUUGUAUGAUACUAAUUAUUACCAGGAUGGUAAAAUUUAUAGUUCAAAGACAAAAUCAUGGAAAACAAUUGAGCCCUGCUAUGAUUUAUUUUCGUAUUGCUGUGAUGGGGUGUUUGCAGGUGGGAAGCUUUACUGGAAGAUCAAAUAUGGUGAUGCUAUUUUUUUCUUGGACUUGAAGAGUGAGGUGUUUGGAAGGAUUGAGAUUCCCUUUGAUCAAGAGAUGUUUGGAGAGAUUGAUCAAGAGAUAUAUGGAGAUUCUGAACUAGAGAAGUACGGCGUUGUGGGUGUGCUUGGUGGUUUCCUUUGUGUGCUAUGUUUUGAUUAUCAAAUUAGAGGCUUUCGAGUUUGGGUUAUGAAGGAGUCUUGGGAGAAAGUGGAGACUCUUUCUCAUCUUCUUGAGCUUCUUCAACCACCAUUGGUGAAAGGUCUAAAUGGAGAGAUUUUGGUGAAUUGUGGAUCCAUUGUGGUGGUUUACGAUUGUCGGGAUAAUGUGUUCCGCAGCCUCAAGUACUGUUCCUGUUGUCACGUAGUCUCACGUUUAUGGGGGUUUCAGCAGCCCCUAUAA